AUGGAAGUAGCCGACUUCUACUCGGGGAAGAAUGUGCUCGUCACUGGCGCGACUGGCUUCAUCGGCAAGGUGCUGGUGGAGAAGCUGCUGAGGAGCUGUCCCGGGCUGCAGCGGGUCUACAUCAUGAUGCGCCCGAAGAAAGGCCAGGGGCUGAAGAUGAGGUGGAAUCAGUUUAUUAGUUCCAGGGUGUUCGAUAACAUACGUCACGAUCCACACAUCUUCGAGAAACUGCACGUGAUACGGGGCGACAUCUUAGCAGAAGAUCUCGGAAUGUCGGCUGAUGACAGGAGACUCCUGGAGGAAGAUUGCCACGUUGUUUUCCACAGUGCAGCUUGUGUUAAAUUUAACAUGUUCAUUCGAGACGCUGUUAAUAUGAACGUAGUCGGAACGCAGAGAGUGUUGCAGCUGGCCGAAAACAUGAACAAUUUAUUGGCAUUCAUUCACCUCUCGACAUCCUACUGCCGUUCAGACAUCCCAAGUCUGGAUGAGGAGUUAUAUCCAUCAAAACACAAUCCACGAGAUAUCAUACACAGCAUCCAGUGGAUGGACUACCAGUUGUUGAAACAUUUGGAGCCAAAGCUGAUAUCUCCUCAACCAAACACCUACAGCUAUACGAAGUCACUCGCAGAGCAGUUAGUGUCUGAGUAUCAGGGGAAGUUUCCCAUUGCUAUAGCGAGACCUUCAAUAGUGACUGCUUCGCUGAAGGAACCGUUCCCAAGGUGGGUGGACAACCUGAAUGGUCCCACAGGCAUCAUCGUUGGCGCUGCUAAAGGGGUGAUCCGUUCGAUGCUCUGUGACGACGCGCAGCGCGUGGAUGCGAUGCCGGUGGACCUCGUGGUGAACGGCUGCAUCCUGCUCGCCUUCCGCACCGCUACGCAGAGGCCAAAAGACAUCUUGGUGUGUAACGUGGCUAGAUCGGAUGUUAAUCCCAUUACUUGGCGGGAAUCUGUUGAGCUUGCGCGCAAAUAUGUCCAAGACUACCCAUUCUCAGUACCGCUAUGGUACCCGGGAGGUUCCGCCAAAACGUCAGAAGCGCACCACGCUAUCGCCGUCCUGCUCACACACAUGCUGCCCGCGUACUUCGUGGAUUGCUGUCUCGUUCUAAUGGGGAAAAAGCCUUUCUUAGUCGGCAUCCAUAAAAGAAUAAGCGACGGUAUGAAAGUCCUGCAAUAUUACACGAUCAAAUCUUGGCAUUUCAAGAACGACAGGUUUAUGUCUCUAAGGGAAAACAUCUCUAAAGAUGAAGAUAAUAUAUUCUAUACUGAUCCAAAGGAGAUGCAAUGGCCGAGUUACAUUCGCAACUACUUGAAAGGUGCCAGAGAGUUCUGCUGCGGGGAGCGGCCGGAGACUUUGCCUCAAGCUCGUUUACUGCAUAAUAGGUAAUCUAUCUUCCUUUAUAUAUUAUAGCGGGCAACUGAGCUGGUGGUUCGCCUGACGGUGAGCGAUCACCGCCGUGAACAGAGCAGAGGUCGUGUCUCUGCGGAUGCGCUAGCCGCUUUCAAGGGAUAAGGAGAGGAUUGUGAAUGGUGAGAAGGAAUGGACUGGGAGGACCGAGGAAAAGGAC